UGUUAUUGAUUGAUAGCAGUAAGACGAGUUUCCUAUUCAACUACGAACAAACCUACAGCUGUGGGUUGAGACUAGUGAGAGUAAUGAUAUGCUGCCUGGACACGAUGUUGUUGUUGCACUGCAGGUUCGACUUCCAACGACUACUCAUGUCCAGGCAGAAGGAAAAAAUGCUCGACUCAGCAACAUCAACAACGACAUCAUCAUCAUCAUCGCCACCAUCAUCAACGGUCCUGAUAAUGAUGGACGACCACUCGCUACAACACAACCACAUUCUGGUCAGAAGUUUCCUGAUUGGCGGAUACAGCGAGAGGCUCCUACCAGAUACUCAGUACUCGGAUAAGCCAAUCAGGAUGUUUCAUGAAUAUCCGGUGCCAGAUUGUUACUGGCCCAAAUUAUCUAAGCACUCCACCACCGACGGCCACCAGCAGCAACUUCCAAAGAUCAAAGAUCACGAAUCGUUCGUAGAAUUCCGUGAGGUCAUAUUUGACGUCAUCGGGCGAUCGUCACGUGACGCUAGUGGACUGAAAGACAGCUACGUGAUGAUGAUGAUAGAGCAGGCGGUUGAAUACAAUGCGUCGCACGAAAACAACACUAGCAUCACCAACCGCCUCAGGGCUUUGUCACCCCGCACUCAUGAUAUCAAUGUUUCAGAUUCGGCGGCUAAAAAGUAUACAUUUUCGAAAAUUCAACUCGAAGGAAUAAAGCUCAUUAUUAGGUACGGUACAUCCCUAAGGCUUCUGACGUCGUCGACCAAAGAAUCAACGGAGAAAUUAAAAUUACUGAUCGCUAAAGUAUCUAUGGCCUUUUGCAGAGGCGAUAAUGAGAGCGACGGUUUUUAUAAUAUCGCUCACAACGUCAAUCUCGGCUUUGAUUGGUUCGCCGGUGUGUUGUUUAUUCUCAGUAAUGGUAAUGUUAACAGGACGUUGAAAUUUUUAUCAAAAUUUGCAUCCCUGCAUACUUCUAUUUAUCUAUGGAAAUAUUAUUCUAUGAUAUGCAACAACAACAACAACAAGAGCAACCUGGCAACAAUUCAACAUGUCAUCAACAAUAGCUUAGAAAUGAUAUUGCAAGAGGAAUUGCCACAAGUCCUAUCUACCUUUCACAUGUCUGGGUUCGCACCUGCUCAAAUAUGUCAACACUGGAUAAGACAGUGGUUUCUCAACUAUUUAGACUGGCCGCAAAUUCAGCAAUCUCUUAUUUGUAGCCUUUGUUUCGGGCCUGAUUAUAUUGUCUACUUUUGCAUUUCAAUCUUAAAGCAUAAUGAAGAGAUUAUAAAAAGGCAGAUGGUUGAUAGGAACCUCGUAAUCUACCUUAAGGAGGAGCCAAUAAGAGACUUCGAUGCGAGCAGGUACGUGGAUUACAUGAUCUCAUUGGAGGAUAAAUAUAGGUCACAUAUAUUUAGGAACAUGAGAGAUGCGUACGGUAAAGUUUUUGGCAGCCAGUGA